AUGCCCGGCACGUCGAGCACCGCGUCCGCGUGGACGGCGCGAUGUGCAUGUGGCUCACCUCUACGCCGCGCACGCGUUCAAUCGCGCGGGAGUCGCUCUUCGAAGGCUCGUUUCACGGCGGCUCCGGCUACGUUGGUCACUCCUCGCGCGUACUCGUCCGAUGACGAGGGGGUGGAGUACCACGACUACUGGAAGUCGGACAAGGAGCAUCGCAGCUCCUGGACGACCCGAGAGUCCACACAGGCUGCCAAAGGCGUGGACUAUCUCGUGGAGCUGGGCAGGCAGAGCGAGAACAUGAACACGGCGGUCGGUGCCAGGUACGGGGUCGUUGACGACGUGUUCGCCGGGAAAAACAACUCCAAGUUUAAUCUCGGCGCGGACUCGGACAUCGCGAGCGGCAAGCUGCGAUAUACCAUGGAGCGGUCGUUCAACAACCUGGUCGGGGAGUUUCACGUGCCCAAGCAGUUCGUGGACAGGGUAGCUCUGCACAUCGCCAAGAACCUGCUCAUGGACUCGACCAAUCCGGGGGUCGGGGAGAACGCGCUCGGCCUGACCAGGGUGCCGCUAAUCCUCGGCAUCUGGGGCUCGAAGGGGUGCGGCAAGACUUUCAACCUCGAGCUCGCGUGCAAGGCGCUUGGCGUGCAUCCGGUGGUGAUGUCUGCGGGCGAACUCGAGGACGAAUGGGCGGGCGAACCCGGGCGGUUGAUCCGACGCAGGUACAGGCACGCUGCUGAGAUCAUGAAGGUUCGCGGCAAGGCAACCUGCCUGAUCAUCAACGACAUCGACGCGGGCGUGGGAUGGUUCAAACAGACGCAGGCCACAGUGAAUACGCAGAUGGUGAUGGGAACUCUUAUGAACAUCUGUGACCAUCCGAACUUCGUGUCCAAUGAGGAGGACGACGAGAUCCACGCGUACAGGGACGACGAGUACAUCCGCCGCGUGCCCAUCAUCAUAACCGGAAACGAUCUCUCCACACUUUACGCACCGCUUCUCCGUGACGGGCGCAUGGACAAAUUCUAUUGGUCGCCGACCCGAGAAGAUAUAUGCGACAUGGUACACGCGAUGUAUAAGGACGACGACGUGCCCCGAGCCACCGUGGAGCGACUGGUGCAAGCUUACUCCCACCAACCGCUGGAUUUCUUCGGCGCCAUUCGAAGUCGGAUGUACGACGAAGCCAUUGCUCGUUGG